UCCAAAUUUACUUCCCAGUAUUACCAACCACACGACCACGAUGAUUGCCACCUCGAGCAACCCCAGGCCGUCCAUGUCUCCGUCGACUUCCAAAGUUCUGAACCACGCAACGCCGCCCUUCCUAGCGAGUUUGUUUGAAAUCCUGUCCAAGGAAGACUCCAGCGUCAUCGGGUGGUGCGACGCUGGCAGGUCCUUUGGCGUGUACGACUUCGAAGCGAUGGAGAAGCACAUUCUGCCCACAUACUUUCGCCACAACAAGUUUGCGUCGUUCCAGCGCCAGCUCAACUACUUUGGGUUCCGCAAACUGCAAAAGUCCAACGGCACAGACCAAAGCAACGUGUACUGCCAGCCUCUCUUCAACCGCGACGACCCGUCGGCCAUGCUGCGCAUCAAGCGCAAGACGUACCGCCUCAAGUCAUCGCCCGGGCCCAUGUCCCCUCGCGACGGGUUCCCGUACUCGCCAUCCCGCAACUCCGCUGCUUUCGCCCCAUAUCCGGCCACGGACGUGCCGUACCACCCGUUCGUGGACAUGUGUGCUACCCCGUUGCUGUUCCACGGUGACGCCACGUCAUGCGGACACAAUUCGUCGUUCACGUCGUUGUUGUUUGGGAACAUGCCAUCGGGUAGUGAGGCUAUUGACGUUGGUUCGUUUCAACCGAUUCCGUUCCACUGCCUCCCUCAAGAUUCGUGGACGCUGCCCGACGAAGACUUGACACUGCUCUCGACCCUUGCCAUGCCCAUCGUUGUUGUAUAACGCGAACUCGUCGACGAUAGAACUAGGAACUUAUUUAUAUUGCAAUGUUACGUGAGCAAUCUCCCGUCCAA